UCCCUAGUCAUAGUCGUAUCGGACCAUCACUUAGUUUUCACGCUUCACACGGACAAGUGCUGAAAAAAUUUAUAUUGAAAAUACUUCUGUUUAAUAUUUGUUCUCUAGCUUGAGUGACAGCAACUGUUUUCAUAGCUUUGGGAUUUUAUCAUAUUUCUACAAUGGCUUCAAUUUCCAAAACUCCAAUUACGAUAGCUGAUCAGGCAAAAGCUGUAGCUGCACUUCAGAACUUUUCUGUUUCUUUGUUCCAGGCAGUUGGAAAGCAUCAUAGCCCAACAGAAAAUGUUUUCAUUUCUCCUUUUAGCGUUGCUGCAGUUUUAAGUAUGGUAGGUGUUGGUGCCAGAGGCAAUACAGCUGUACAACUAAAGAAAUCAAUGGGCCUUACAAACUAUGUAGCUGAAAAUGGGAAUAGUGAUAGUGUGAUUGGAAGCCUUAUUCAAAGCAUCAAGGGUGAUGAAAAUUUUUCUUUCGAAGCCGCUAAUCAGCUUUACGUUGCCGAAAAGUAUCAGCUCACUGAUAACUUUAAACAAAACUUGAAUGACAAUUAUGGAGCCGCUGGGCAAUCCGUUGAUUUUGCCGUAGAUGCUUCACGCAAAAAAAUCAAUGAGUGGGUGGAAGAAUUCACCCAGCACAAAAUUAAAGAUCUUCUCCCUGAAGGAUCGGUGAAUUCUUUAUCCAAAUUGGUGUUGGUCAAUGCCGUAUAUUUUAAGGGAAAUUGGAUGCGAAAAUUCGACUCGUCGCUUACCGCAGUACAACCUUUCUAUUUAGGAUCCAAAGACAAACAAAAGAAUGUUAAUAUGAUGCAUAUUGAUGCGGAAUUUCAUACUGGAUACAUCGAGAGCCUGGACGCUCGACUUUUGGAGCUGCCCUAUAGGGGUUGGGUUUUUAGCAUGUUCAUCGUACUUCCCAACAAAAUUGAUGGGUUGCCUGAAUUGGAAUUGAAAAUGCACGAGGCUUCUCUGGACGACUCCAAUGUAGAAAUGCGUAGUGCUAAACUGCAUGUGGCUAUCCCAAAAUUCAAGCUGGAUGCUGAUAUUAAACUUAAAGAUAUUUUAAUCAAAAUGGGAAUAGCUGAUUUGUUUGACGCAAACGCUGCUGACUUUUCUGGAAUAUCGGGAGAGAAAGACCUUUUUGUGUCCAGUAUAUUCCACAAAUCAUUUAUCGACGUCAACGAAGAAGGAAGUGAGGCUAAUGCUGCAACAGGCUAUGUAUAUGAAACGUAUGGAAUCCCUUCGGAUCCGCCUGCACCAUUUAUUGCUGAUCAUCCUUUUUACUAUUUCAUCCGGGACAAUGUAACAAAGUUGAUCCUCUUUUCCGGUCGUUUGGCUCAACCCCCCCGCAUCUAGCUAAAUCUGUUGGAGUAUUUCAGUUAAAUGGCAGUUAGCGCCACGCCCUACAUGCUUUUAUGCAUGAAUAUAUUAUUACUUUACUAGCUUAUAAAGUUAAAAAAGCCGCACAAGUAUUAGCUGCUGUCUUCAUUAACAUGGAGGUAACUAAGGUUUGUGAUUUCUAAAUGCCCUGUGUUAUCCCCCCCCCUUUCAAAUUCAUUUUUAGUCUUAUGAAAUCUAUAUAAUACACUCUGAAGUUCAAUGUAAA